AUGCAGUUGAUAAACGAUGAGCAGUGGGCACAGCGAUGCCUUGAUGAUGGUGAGUUCAUGCAGGCAGCCCGCCACUGGCAGGGCGGCUUGUGUCUGCAGAUAGGGGAGCAGCACAAAGCAUUGACCCUGAUUGACGGGCAGCCUCGGGGUGGUCUGGCGGAUGGGGUGGAGAAUGUGUUGGUGUUUGCGGGCGCGCCAGGUAUCUGGCAAAAAGUACUGGCAGCAGUACCCGACAGAUUUCAGCAUGACCUGAUGGCAAACAUCUCUGCAGGGCAGGGACUGUCCAGGUCCGGAGACGCCGUGUUGCACGCUCAGUACUACGCUGCGGUCAUGCGCGCUAUUGAAUUGCUGCGGCCAGCUACCGAGUCUGUUCUCGCGCACGCCAACCCGGUUCAGGGUGACUUUGCAGAGCCGGUUGGGCGCUACGUCUAUCUAAAUCUGGCGGGUGCGGAUUACCGGGUUUAUUUUGAGGAAGCGGGGCAAGGUAUUCCAUUGCUGCUGCAGCAUACCGCGGGUUGUCAUGGCAGUCAGUGGCGUCACUUGUUUGAAAACACGGCAAUCACCUCGCGUUUUCGUUUGAUUGCCUACGAUCUGCCGUUUCACGGUAAAUCUCUGCCACCUCAGAAUCUAGCCUGGUGGACCGAAGAAUAUCAGCUGCGGGGUGAUUUUCUGCGUUCGGUGCCCCUUGCGUUGUCCGCUGCAUUACAGCUUGAUAGGCCGGUGUUCAUGGGGUGUUCCGUAGGCGGGCUGCUGGCUCUGGAUCUUGCACAUAAACACCCACAGGCGUUUCGUGCGGUGAUUGCGGUGGAAGGCGCACUGCAGAUAGAAGGCAGCACCGCGGCGCUGGGCGAACUGUGGCAUCCGCAGGUGAGUAACGAAUACAAAGCCCGACUUAUGGAUGGUUUAAUGGCGCCGGGCUCGCCGGUGAAUCUGCGUAAAGAGACCAGUUUUGUUUAUGCCAGUGGCUGGCCGCCUGCCUUUCUGGGAGACCUUCAUUACUACAUGGAUGAAUUUGAUCUGUGUGAGGUGGCGGGCGAAAUCGAUACCGCUCAAACUGCCGUACACAUUCUGUCUGGGGAGUACGAUUACAGCGGCACCAGCGAGCUGGGACAGGCAGCUCACGCUGCAAUUCCAGGAUCAACCUGGUCCGAAAUGCGCAGCGUUGGUCAUUUUCCAAUGUCGGAAAAUCCCGAGGCGUUUAUUGAAUAUCUAGCGCCGAUCCUGGAUGGGGUGUCCCUGCCGAUCCGGGAAAUGGGCGCUGAUCUGGGUGCGAUCCGGGAGUUUGCGCUAGCUGCGGAGAGCCUUGGCUUAACGCAUCUGCGCGUGCCUGAUCAAGUGAUUCGGCCUGAUGGCGGUUACGUGCAUGAAUCCAUGACGCUACUCAGUUACCUGGCCGCGAUAACUCAGAAGAUUGAAUUAGUCCCGUCGGUGCUGGUGUUGCCAUUGCGCCAAACCGCGCUUGUCGCCCGACAAAGCGCCCAGUUGGACGUUUUGUCUGGCGGGCGAUUGAGGUUGGGUGUGGGGAUUGGCAUCAAUCGAGAUGAAUAUCAGGCGAUGGGCAUCGACUUUCAUACCCGUGGCGCCCGUUGUGAUGAGCAGCUGGAGUUGUUACAUGCGUUAUGGACGCAGCCGGCGGUAGAUUUCAAGGGUCGAUUUCAUACUGUUUCCAACAUUGGGAUUGAGCCGCGACCGCUACAACAGCCCAUCCCUGUCUGGAUAGGUGCGCGCUCGAUUCCUUCCGACAGGGUGGUGCAGCGUAUGGGUAAAUGGGCAUCCGGCUGGUUUGUGCUGGCAAACCCUGAGGAAUUUGAGGGCGUUAAGCGGCGCGUAGAUGCCGCCGCGAAGGCCGCGGGUAGGGAUGCCUCAGCGAUUGGUACUGAAGCGGGCGUUGCUGUGGCCGGGCCCAGGCAGCAUGAGUGGCGCGAGCGUGUUACCCGAUGGCACCAGAUGGGACUGACACAUCUCUGUUUACGUACGUUAGGCGGCGACCUUAACGUAAAAGAUCACCUACCUACCCUGGAGCGAGCGAUGGCGGAAUUACCCGCCAACGGCGUCCGUCUGGCCUAUUUUGAGCGCGGCAAGGCUCGUGCGGACAAGCCGACGUUAUUGUUUGUGCACGCUACCGGUUUUCAUGGUCGACUCUGGGAUUAUCAGGCUGAGGCUUUUCCUGAAUAUCACAGCAUAGCCCUUGAGUUGCGGGCCCAUGGCCGAAGCGAAAAUGCCAGCUUUCACGACUGGAGUGACUUUGGCGUGGAUCAGAGUGAAUUUAUAAAAGCUCUGGGUCUGCAACAUGUUGUGGGUAUCGCCCACUCCAUGGGUGCGCAUACAUUGCUUGAUGCUGCUGCUGUGACAGGUGUAUUUGAUCGCCUGUUACUGCUGGAUCCAACGGUGGCCGAACCCGAGGCCUACAACGACAGUUAUGAAGCCUCUUUUGGUGAUCAACUGCAUCCCGCAGCCAAGCGGCGCAACGAAUUUGAUUCACCGGAAGAUAUGUUAGCCCGUUUGUCAGGUAAGAGUUCGUUUCCAUUUUUUCACCCCCGUAUUCUGCGGGACUAUUGCGAAUACGGACUGGAAGCGACUGGUCACGGCAACUUUAGAUUGUGUUGCCCGCCAGAGUUGGAAGCGCGGGUUUAUAUGACUGCGCGCACCAAUGGCGAGGUGUAUGACAGUAUCCGUUCUCUGGAUAUUCCGGUCACUAUUGUCAGGGCAAAACUGCCAGCGAAAGACCUGCACUGGUCUGACUGCUCACACUUUAUUCCGAUGCAGCGUCCAGACGACGUGAACAAACUGCUUGCCGAGGAACUCCAGGUCUACAAUGGCCCGUAUUGCGGGUUUCUGCUGGCGCAAGCCGGUGCCCGGGUGAUAAAAGUCGAAUCUUUAAUAGGUGAGACCCUGAGGGGGCGAGGUAUGGCAGCGUCUUCUGCUUAUCCUUUUGCUUCGCUGAACGCCAACAAAGAAAGCAUCACGUUGAAUAUCAAGUCAGCGCAAGGGCAGCAGCUGAUCAAAGGUCUGGCGGCAGAAGUUGAUGUGGUGCUGGAAAAUUUUGCUCCGGGUACCAUGGCGCGCUAUGGCAUUGGUGCGGAUGUUCUGCGCGGUAUUAAUCCAAAACUGAUCUAUGCAUCGAGUACGGGUUACGGUAAUGCGCCGGGACCCUAUAGAGAUUUUCUGGGUAUGGAUUUCACGCUCCAGGCGAUGGCAGGAGUGAUGAGUAUUACCGGAGAAGAGGGUGGCCCGCCGCUCAAAACGGCAGCUGCAUUUGCUGAUUUCCUGGCAGGUACUCAUCUUUAUGCAGGUAUUGUUUCAGCCUUGUUCGGGCGGACGCAGUCCGGAGAAGGCGCUACGGUUGAUAUUUCCAUGCAGGAUUGUGUGGUGCCGACGUUGUCUACCGCGCUGGGUUCCUACUAUGUUGCUGGAGAACAGCAGCCACGUGCGGGUAAUCGUCAUCCCGGCAAAGCGCUUGCCCCGUAUAAUGUUUAUCCCGCUGCAGAUGGUCAUGUCGCCAUUAUCUGUAUACGCGAAGGACACUGGCGAAACUUGUGCGCAGCCAUGGAUAACAACGUUGCGCUGCAGGACCCAAGAUUUGCGACCAUGGCUGAGCGGGCGGCAAAUAUGGAUGUCGUGGAUGACCUUGUCAGUGAUUGGACUCGCCGUCUCAGCCGCGCUGAGAUUUUACGGAUUACCCAGGAGCAUGGUGUUAUCUGCUCGCCGGUGAACGACCUGGCCGAUGUAUUGGAUGAUCCCCACCUGGGCGCUCGCGGUACGCUGGAGAAAAGGCCACAUGAAGCGUUUGGUGAAAUAUCUCAAUUCAGAACCCCACUGCGCUUUACGGAUCUUGAGCCCAUGGCGUUACAAAAUGCGCCUGCGCUGGGUGAGUCGACAGAUGCGGUGUUGCAGGAACUGCUUGGUUUAGAUGCUGAUACGCUGGCGGAGUUGCACAAAAACGAAGCGAUCUGA